CAGAUGUGCUUUUCCGACGGGAUACAAUAACCACUUGUAACCUGCACGGUCUCAAACAGAGUACGGAGAAGAGCAACGGUCGGUAGUUGAGAUCUGCCGCGUGCACAGAAGAACCACACUAGAACCGGACAGACUCAAAACUUGUCAGACCAUUAGACAAGUGAACUCAAACGAACCUGAGAGAAAACGGAGCCUUUGUUUUCAGAAGCGGCAGUGAGCCAAACCGGAGGAAAGAUGAUGAGUUUUCUGCCAUACUUCUCCGCUGAGACGUGGACCCUCCUAGCCCUCCUCAUCACCCUAAUAGUAGUGUACGGGUACUGGCCCUAUGGUGUUUUCACUAAGAUGGGUGUCCCUGGUCCCAAACCCCUACCUUACUUUGGCACAAUGAUGGAGUAUAAAAAGGGUUUCACUAACUUUGACACAGAGUGCUUUCAGAAGUACGGGAGAAUCUGGGGGAUCUAUGAUGGGAGGCAGCCUGUUCUGUGUAUCAUGGACAAAAGCAUGAUCAAGACCAUCCUGAUUAAAGAGUGUUACAACAUCUUCACCAACCGCAGGAACUUCCAUCUGAACGGCGAGCUGUUUGAUGCGGUGUCCGUUGCCGAGGACGAUACAUGGAGACGGAUCCGCAGUGUCCUCUCACCUUCCUUUACCUCUGGACGACUAAAAGAGAUGUUUGGUAUCAUGAAGCGGCACUCUGCUAACCUGCUGAACGGAAUGAAGAAGCAGGCAGAUAAAGACCAGACCAUCGAAGUGAAGGAGUUCUUCGGGCCCUACAGUAUGGACGUGGUCACCAGCACAGCCUUCAGUGUGGACAUUGACUCUCUGAACAACCCUUCAGACCCCUUCGUUUCCAACGUCAAGAAGAUGCUCAAGUUUGACCUGUUCAACCCACUGUUCCUCCUAGUCGCUUUGUUUCCGGUCACAGGUCCUAUCUUGGAGAAGAUGAAGUUUUCUUUCUUCCCGACUGCGGUGACAGACUUCUUUUAUGCCUCGCUGGCUAAGAUCAAAUCUGGACGUGACACUGGGAACUCAACUAGUCGGGUGGAUUUCUUACAGCUGAUGAUCGACUCUCAGAAAGGCAACGACACAAAGACAGGAGAGGAGCAGACUAAAGGACUGACUGAUCAUGAGAUCUUGUCUCAGGCCAUGAUCUUCAUCUUCGCCGGCUACGAGACCAGCAGCAGUACUAUGAGUUUCCUGGCCUAUAACCUGGCAACCAACCCCCAUGUCAUGGCCAAACUGCAGGAGGAGAUAGAUACUGUAUUCCCCAACAAGGCUCCAAUCCAGUACGAAGCUCUGAUGCAGAUGGACUAUUUGGACUGUGUGUUGAAUGAGUCUCUGAGACUGUACCCCAUCGCCCCACGACUGGAGAGGGUCGCCAAGAAGACGGUGGAGAUUAACGGCAUCGUCAUCCCCAAAGACUGCAUUGUCCUGGUUCCCACGUGGACCCUCCACCGUGACCCAGAGAUCUGGUCAGACCCUGAGGAGUUCAAACCAGAGAGGUUCAGUAAGGAGAACAAGGAGUCUAUUGAUCCGUACACGUACAUGCCGUUUGGGGCAGGGCCCAGGAACUGUAUCGGGAUGCGUUUCGCCCUGAUCAUGAUCAAACUGGCCAUGGUCGAGAUCCUCCAGAGUUUCACUUUCUCCGUCUGCGACGAGACCGAGAUCCCAUUGGAGAUGGACAACCAGGGUCUGCUGAUGCCAAAACGACCAAUCAAACUGAGGCUGGAGCCCCGUAGCAACACGCCUAGCAACACCACCGUCACCUCUCUUUAGUGUCCAACAACUUGACCGUAUGCAGGAGCACCCUACCCUGGAGUACCCUUCUCUCUCUCUCUCUCUCUCUCUCUCUCUCUCUCUCUCUCUCUCUCUCUCUCCCCCCUCUCCCCCCCACACACAAAAGGGCUAUACUACAGACAGAAAUACUUUUCUGCAUGCCCCCUCACCCCGCUAAUGAUCCUGGGCUGGUGUGGUUACAUGUGGUCUACGGUUGUGAGGCCGGUUGGACGUACUGCCAAAUUCUCUAAAACAACGUUGGAAGUGGCAUAUGGUAGAGAAAUGAACAUUAAAUUAGCUCUGGUUGACAUUCCUGCAGUCAGCAUGCCAAUUGCUGAUUGUGGCAUUGCAAUAUGUGUUGUGUAACAAAACUGCACAUUUUAGAGUGGCCUUUGAUUGUCCCCAGCACAAGGUGCACCUGUGUAAUGAUCAUGCUGUUUAAUCAGCUUCUUGAUAUGUCACACCUGUCAGGUGGAUGGAUUAUCUUGACAAAGGAUAAAAUGCUCACUAACAGGGAUGGAAACAUUUGUGGACAAAAUUUGAGAGUAAUUGGCUUUUUGUGCGUAUGGAACAUUUCUGGGAUCUUUUAUUUCAGCUCCUGAAACAUUUUUGUUCAAAAGCCUCCUAUCUAUCUAUUGAUCGAUCGAUCGAUUGAUCGGCUACUGAAUAUUCAGUCCUUAUCCUAACCCUGCUAUAGGCUACUGAAUAUUCAGUCCUUACCCUGCUUUAGGCUACUGAAUAUUCAGUCCUUAUCCUAACCCUGCUAUAGGCUACUGAAUACUCAGUCCUAACCCUGCUAUAGGCUACUGAAUACUCAGUCCUGACCCUGCUAUAGGCUACUGAAUAUUCAGGCUGGGAUUCAAUAGGCUACUUAAUAUGAUAAUUAGACUGCAUUCACAAUGAAUGUUCAGUUCAAUCAUAAAUUACCUUUAAAAUGGCACAUAGCUGACAAAGUGCUGGGAUUGAAUCCUGGUCUUAGUCUCAUGCUUGGUUUGAGUAGGACUCAGAAACCCAUUUCCACCAGAUAAAAGAAAGAUAGUAAUACUAUGGAUGCAUUAGGGGUACAUGUCUUGUUAAAGUUAGACACCAGGAGGUAUUAAAUCCAUGGCAUGAUGUCAUGUCUGGAUCCUGCACACUACUGGCUGGUGGCUGGAAUUCUCCUAGAAUGUAGAACUCUAGCUGGUGUUCUCUAGAACUGUACUCUCAUUCUGUUCCUCUGGGUGUUCUGCUGUCCAGUCAUUCCAAAAUAGAAUCUUUACUGUCUGUUGAAAUGAUCCCUGCAGCUGCUUUGCUUUAACUUUAAUCAUCACAAACCAAUAAAAAUCAUCACACUAAUGAA